AUGGAAUGUGCCACUGAGUCCACUGGCAGGGAUGUUCAACGUGCUCUGACCACUGACACUAACAAUGGCCUGCCGCCAAGUGGUGAGAGGAAAUUCAGUUGUGAUUGCUGCCUCACACUGAUCGUGAGACUACUGUUUGCCUUGUCAAACAUACAGCAAGUGCUUAUACUUGUAACAGUUAUAAUUUCACAGAGUAGGCGCUCAAGCCAUCAUUUUUGGAGAAGGAGGACGAGCAGUCGAAUGCACUACCAG